AUGCAGCCGGCAAUGAUGAUGUUUUCCAGUAAAUACUGGGCAAAGAGAGGGUUUUCUCUGGAUUCAGCGGUGCCCGAAGACCACCAGCUCCUGGGCAGCUUAACAUUAAAUAGAGCUAACUCUGGCAAAAAUGAUGAUAAAAAAGGCGGCAAUGGGGACAGCAAAAGUGAAGCCAGUCCUGAAAGCGGCAAGACGGCUGUCGUCUUCUCACUGAAAAAUGAAGUUGGCGGAUUGGUAAAAGUGCUGAACCUCUUCCAGGAGAAACACGUCAACAUGCUUCAUAUCGAGUCCAGGAAAUCCCGGCGGAGGAGCUCGGAGGUUGAAAUCUUCGUGGACUGCGAGUGUGGGCAAACCGAAUUCAGUGAGCUCGUUCAGUUGCUGAAAUCUCAAAGCACCGUCGUGAUGCCGAAUCCGCCGGCGAGCAUUUGGGCAGAGGGAGAAGAACUAGACGACGUGCCCUGGUUCCCCCGGAAGAUCUCCGAGCUGGACAGGUGCUCUCACAGGGUUCUCAUGUACGGAUCCGAGCUCGACGCCGACCACCCUGGAUUCAAGGACGACGUCUACCGGCAGAGAAGGAAGUACUUCGUGGACGUGGCCAUGGGCUACAAGUACGGGCAGCCCAUCCCCAGGGUGCAGUACACGGCGGAGGAGACGCGCACCUGGGGCGUGGUGUUCCGGGAGCUGUGCAAGCUCUACCCCACGCACGCCUGCCGCGAGCACCUGGACAACCUGCCGCUGCUGACCCAGCACUGCGGCUACCGCGAGGACAACGUGCCGCAGCUGCAGGACGUGUCGGCCUUCCUCAGAGAAAGAUCAGGCUUCACGGUGAGGCCCGUGGCUGGCUACCUGAGUCCGCGAGACUUUCUGGCAGGACUGGCCUAUAGAGUCUUCCACUGCACCCAGUACGUCCGGCAUGGCUCGGACCCCCUCUACACGCCGGAACCAGACACGUGUCACGAACUCCUGGGACACGUCCCACUACUUGCAGAUCCGAAGUUUGCUCAGUUUUCACAAGAAAUAGGCCUGGCAUCUCUGGGAGCAUCAGAUGAAGAUGUUCAGAAACUGGCCACCUGCUAUUUCUUCACAAUCGAAUUUGGCCUUUGCAAGCAAGAAGGGCAACUGCGGGCCUAUGGGGCAGGACUACUUUCCUCCAUUGGAGAAUUAAAGCAUGCUCUCUCCGACAAGGCGUGUGUGAAGGCCUUUGACCCAAAGACAACUUGUCUACAGGAGUGCCUCAUCACCACCUUCCAGGACGCCUACUUCGUUUCGGAAAGUUUUGAAGAAGCCAAAGAAAAGAUGAGGGACUUUGCAAAGUCCAUUACUCGCCCCUUCUCCGUGCACUUCAAUCCCUACACGCAGAGCAUUGAGAUCCUGAAAGACACCAGGAGUAUCGAAAACGUGGUGCAGGACCUUCGUGGGGACCUGAACACGGUGUGUGACGCCCUGAACAAAAUGAACCAGUAUCUGGGGAUUUGA